UUCUUUCCACCCCACUUUAGGAAGUACUGCUAUUUUAGCUUUCGCUGAGGUCAGAGUUCAGAGGAGAGCGUUAUUAGGAAUAAUGUGCAGAAAUGAGCAGCAGUAAGAGUAAGAGAUUUGUGAGUGUUUUUGACCGACUAGGACCUGGAACUGAUGAGGCUGACAGUGGCGGUGGCAGUAGCCGACGGUUCUCCACAGAAAAGCAUCAGUCCCCAGUAGACAAGCCGUCCAGACACAGCGGCAGCUACUCCCUCUCCUCCCCCGGCCCCGAGCAGCUACCACCCAGAGAGAGAAAGACUAGCGGUCAGUCUGAGUUUGAGGACAAGAAGCACCAGCUCCAUUAUCGUGAGGGAAGACCACGCCCCCUGGACCACCCACAUGAAUCAGACUCUGACGAACGAUUAGAACGCAGAAAAUUACCACCAGUUAAAGGUCACAAGAGUAGCGGGGCUAAGCAGCGUGGUGGAGGGAAGCACAGGGGGACCUCCAGUGACAGCUCUGAUAGUGACAGUGGCAGAGAAGGCACUAAACAACAAAAGAGAGACUCGGAAAGCCUCAGACGCUCUAAACACGAGGUAGACGCUAAGAGACGAUAUCAUGAUAGGAAAGACAAGCCUUCCGGGGGCACGCCAGUAGAGGUCAAAGGUCGUUCCCAUGGUAAAGAUAUGGCCACGCCACACGAGAUUGGAGGACAUAAACGACGAAAAGAAGAAAGCUACAGUGAGCCUCGAUAUGGAGAUAGGAAACGAAAACACGAUGAUGACCUUUCAUCCUAUGACUACAAGAAGGCUCGACUAUCAGAUGCCCCCCUCCAAUCCCCACAUAGGAUCAAAGGUGAACUGAUUGAGCACAAGAGGAGACACGAACCAUCACCACGGGAACGCAGACAUCCACGCUCACAUACCCCCGAGACCACACCCACUACCACCAAGAUAUCGGACCCCCUCAAGAAUAAGGCGGACAAAAGAAUCAAGAAGACAAGCUCUUCACUGGACAACAUGGAAGUGGUGACUGAGACACCGGAAACACCCAAAGCUCUCAAUUGGAACUAUCUCAGUUCUUACACACAACGACAGACGGCCAAACUGGACCACUCUAAACCACGCUCUGCCCUCGAGAGGUUUACACCAGGAGCACUGUUUGCACGAGUGGGGCUCUCCCUGUCGUUAGCAGGCCCUGACUAUUAUCGUGUUAUCUCGUCUGCUGUGUCUACUCACCUGCAACAAGAAGGGGACCCGUUUAGAGGAGCUGACUUUGCAGCAUUGGGCCUGACUCGAGUGAGAGAGGGAAGGGAGACUGUGUUCCAGACAGGAGAGUGUCGGAGGGCAUUGACUGCCUCGGAUGAUCUACUCAUACGGAGGAAACUCAGGAAACAAAAUCAAUCAGAGUUUCUGCCGCGACUGGACAGCCCCGCCUCCUGGGAGUCUCAGGACUACUCAACUGCUGUGUCCCUAUAUAAUUCCCUCGGCAAAAGGUUGUCAGGGAAACCAGCGUACAGAGUACAGGACUCUAGUGUGGGGGAACUGUUGGUAGCUAGGUAGCUAGUAUCUCGUGUUAGAUUGCGUUAUAUAUAUAUUGUAUUACUUGAUAAUUUAUGAUCAAAAUUUACAAGAACCGAAGAACAUGAAUUAUCAUAA